UUUUAGAAUAAAUAGGGUAUAAUAGUUAGGCAACACAACAAGAGAGGCCAGCCAACAUAGGCAAAGCCAUAAAGCAACUUGAAACUCAAGAAAGAAUACAGGAAAUCUCAACUCAAAAAAACUAAAGAUGCCCUUCAUAUUAACAACUAUAAGUAGAAGACGGUUUUCCUUGCAUAAUCAUACAAACAAACAAUAAUCCUUCUCUCAACCAUUUGUUCCAUUGCAUAGCAUUGUGCAUAAUUAAGCUUACUUCAAGGAAAAAGAAUGGCAAUCAAAACCAAGAAUUCAUCAGCAGCACCUUCUUACAUCGAUUUCGAUCCUUUGUGUGAUUUGCACACAGAGGAAGGUCUUGAAACUUUGAUCAUCAACCUCCCUGACUUUAAGAAAAAUCAACUAAAGGUACAAGUUAACAAAGAUGGAGUCCUUAGAGUAAGCGGCGAGAGGCCAACAAAUGCAGAUGGAACAAAGAGGUGCCGAUUCAUCAAGGACACAAAAUUAUUAGAGAGUUGUGAUGUAAACGGGAUUCGAGCUAAGUUCACUGAAGGACGUCUUCAUGUUAUGAUACCAAAGAAAGUUACUCCUACAAUUCCUAAAAUCAUCCAAGAACCACACCCUACAACAUCGCCGACUCCUCCUCAUCAAGCAGAGGAGGUUACAGAGAAUCAAAAGUUGAAACAACCCGAGCCUGCCACGAAUUCGGACGACCACAAAACAAAGGAUGAUAAUAAUAAUAAUAAUACAAGUGCUGAAAAUGAUAAAAUGGCCGAGCCCGAGACACGUAUGACGAGUGAUGAUCAAGUAAAGGAUGAUCAUCAUAUGUUUGAGCAUGGAAGUAUCAUGCAAAGGUUGCACUUACAAGGAAGAAAGGUGGCGUUGGGAUUUGGUGUCGCUGUUGUUACAAUGGUAGCAAUUGGAGCUUUUGUGGCUUCUUAAUGAAAAAAAUAUGGGUUAUUAAUUAAAAUUGGAUUUUAUGUUUUUAAUUAAGUUGUAUAUGGAAGAGUAAAGGAUAAUCUAAGCUCUUCUUGUUGUGUAUUGUUCUGAUUUAAAAUUUGGGUUAAGGGGAUAUGUGUACAUAUGCUCUAUAAAGUGUAAUGAAAUAUUAAAGCAUGAAUAAAGAAAUUUGUGA